CAAUGCAAUUGGGAGGCAACGGUGUCGUUCUUUUCCAACACCCCACCUUCGCCGAACGCGUUUGGGUUGACAUUGCACACAGACAAAUCUCGUCCAUCACAGAGACGGCUAAAAAGAAGAUAAUCAGACUCAACAACUACACGCAAGAUUUUCCCAAUAAAAUUUGACAAGAAUUUGCUAUUUUCCCUUUCGCCCAUUACCCAUGAUUCGGUUUUCGCCUCUUUCACUCACUCUCUUGGCCUUGAUAUCGUCAGUUCUCUAUGAACCUUCGUGCUCCUCGAUCAUCAAUCCAUCCAAAGCCAAGCAAGUUUCAUCCCAACCAAGGGCUUUUGUGUACGAGGGUUUUCUCACGGACGAGGAGUGCAAUCACUUGAUUUCUCUUGCGAAAUCGGAGCUGAAAAGAUCAGCUGUUGCCGACAAUGAAUCUGGAAAGAGCAAGCUCAGUGAGGUUCGAACUAGCUCCGGGAUGUUUAUCGCUAAGGGGAAGGAUCCUAUCGUCGCUGGUAUAGAGGACAAGCUCGCAAUGUGGACCUUCCUACCAAAAGAAAAUGGGGAAGACAUACAAGUUUUGCAUUAUGAGCAUGGCCAAAAAUAUGAUCCACACUACGAUUAUUUCGUUGACAACGUUAAUAUUGCCCGGGGUGGACAUCGCAUAGCAACUGUACUCAUGUACCUCAGUGAUGUGGCAAAAGGUGGUGAAACAGUGUUCCCAUCAGCAGAGAUACACCAUUCACGUCACAAAUCCUCUCCAUCAGAUGAUGAUUUAUCCGAAUGUGCAAAGAAGGGUAUCGCAGUAAAACCGCGAAAAGGCGACGCACUCCUUUUCUUCAGUCUCCACCCAAGCGCCAUUCCAGACCCUAGUAGUCUUCACGGAGGAUGCCCAGUGAUAGAAGGUGAGAAGUGGUCGGCGACAAAGUGGAUCCACGUGGAUUCCUUCGACAAGAUUGUGGGUUCUGCCGGUGGAAAUUGCACAGAUACCCAUGACAAUUGUGAGAGAUGGGCUGCUUUAGGAGAAUGCACCAAUAAUCCAGAGUACAUGGUGGGAACUCCUGAGCUUCCUGGGAACUGUAGGAGAAGCUGUAAGAUUUGUUAGCUCAUUAAUCCCACUAAACAAGUAUAUGUUUGUUUGUUUUUCACUGUAUUAUUCCUAUACUGUUUUUUAUUUCCCUCUUCAUUUUCGCUCGAAAUUUUGUUCGUCUCCUUUGUAAUCGACCAACUGUUGCUGCAACGAUCGGUUUUUUGCUUUGUUUCGUUAAGUGUGUUAAAAACUCCA